AUGAACAGAGGAGGCGGCGGGGAAGUGGUAGAAACUGUGGUCAAAAGUCUUGGCAAAGGUUUCGAUUUAACGGCGGAUUUUCGGUUAAAAUAUUGCAAAGACGGCGACUCCGCCGCCGGAGAUGAGAGAUUGGUUGUCCUCAACGAAACUCAAAACAGAGAACUGCAUGUUCCUGGCUUUGGAGCUAUUCAGAAUGUCUCCUCCGAUAUAAACUGCGACAAAGGAGAACGCACUCGGUUCCGUUCAGACAUUCUUGAUUUGAACAAGAUGUCGGAGUAUUUUAAUCAGAGAUCGUCGGUGACCGGAAAAAUACCGUCGGGAAAUUUCAACGCGACGUUCGGGUUUCAAAGCGGGUCAUGGGCGACUGACGCCGCAAACGUUAAAUCUUUAGGUCUCGACGCUUCUAUGGUAACGCUUUUUAAUCUACACAUUCACAACCCCAAUCGUUUGCGUCUCACUGAUCGCGUUCGAAACGCCGUUCCUUCUUACUGGAACCCGCAGUUACUUGCCAGAUUUAUAGAGAGAUAUGGGACACACGUAAUAACUGGGGUAAGCGUAGGAGGACAAGACGUGGUUGUUGUGAAACAAGACAAGUCUUCUGAUCUCGAUACCGACCUACUCCGUCACCAUCUCUACGAUCUCGGCGACCAAUUGUUCACAGGAUCUUGUCUUCUCUCUACUCGUCGGCCUAAUAAGAGUUUUUUGAUAUUGCAGUUUCCAGAGGCGUUCAAUGUCUUCGACGAGAAAGAAACGGUUGCUUUCAAUAAUUUUUCGAUAAAUUCAAAAGAUGGGAUAACGGUUAUAUGCGCCAAAAGAGGAGGCGACGGGAGAGCAAAAAGUCAUAGCGAAUGGCUAAUAACAGUUCCGGAAAAGCCAGAUGCGAUCAAUUUCAACUUUGUUCCAAUCACAUCACUUCUCAAAGAUGUUCCUGGCUCUAGUCUUCUAGCUCAUGCCAUGUCUCUCUACCUUAGAUACAAGCCGCCGUUAAUGGACCUACAGUACUUUUUGGACUUCUCUGGGCCUAAAAGGUGGGCUCCGAUUCAUAACGACCUUCCGUUUGGCGCCGCGCCAAAUAUGGCUUCGGCGUAUCCAGCUCUUCAUAUCAACUUCAUGGGUCCCAAACUAUACGUUAAUACCACUCCCGUGACUACUGAGAAGAACCCACUAACAGGAAUGCGAUUGUUCCUCGAAGGCAAGAAAUGCAAUAGGCUGGCUAUACACUUGCAACACCUAGAAACUACGAGGACAACGGUUGGGGAAAAAAUCACCGACGAUCAUAGAUGGAGAGGCUCCGACGAAAUCUCCAAUAGCAAUCGUUACUUCGAACCAUUAAACGGUAAGAAAUUCUCACACGUGUGUACAGCUCCAGUGAAGUACGACCCAAACUGGAUCACAACAACAACAACAAGCAAACACUCAAACUCAAACAACGUAGCUUACAUAGUCACCGGAGCUCAGCUAGAAGUGAAAAAACACGGCUCAAAAUCCGUACUCCAUCUCCGUCUCCGUUUCACCGGAGUCUCUGAUCACUACGUCGUUCAGAAAGAUUGGGUCCAUGGACCAGGAACUUCCCAAAGAUCGGGAAUCUUUUCUUCCAUGAGCUUACCGUUGACUAGUGGGAGUGUUCAUCAUAAUAUGGUCAGUAACAAAGACAAAAACGAGGUCGUUUUGGACUCCGGUGUGUACCCAAGAGGACCUCCUGUGCCGGCGAAUAACAAGAUUGUUAAAUUCGUGGAUCUUUCACAGUUAUGUCGAGGACCUCAAAACAGUCCUGGUCAUUGGUUAGUCACUGGUGUUAGGCUUUAUUUGGAUAAAGGGAAACUUUGCUUGCAUGUCAAGUUUGCUCUACUACAUCACCAACGCCUUCUUGGCGCUUCUUGA